AUGGCAUCAUGGUCGUACAUUACUCAAAUGCUUACACUUUAUGCGUUUAUUCCAUCAUUGUGUAUAGGUCUUUUAGGUAGUUUAAUGAAUGUAAUCAUACUUUCGACAGCGCGUAUGUAUCGUACACAGCCAUGCACAUUCUUUCUACUCAUAGCAGCGAUAGCGGAAUUUGUGCACCUCUUGGUUGCAGGAAUAUCCCGUAUUUCUGCUAUUGGCUUUAAUAUCGAUUUAACUCUUCUCUCACCUGCAUGGUGCAAAUUAAGACCAUAUCUUAUUGAUAUUUGUUAUGGUAUGGCAUUGACAUGCGAAUGGUUGGCAACAGUAGAUCGUUUUCUGUGUACCGCACGAUCUGCUAAUCUACGAAAAUUAAGCAAGAUCAAAUGGGCUCAUUAUAUUAGUGCUAGUGUAUUUGUUUUCUGGACACUUACAUCUGUACCGGAUUUCUUUUCCUUUUAUAUAAGGUCGAACGUUUGUGGCAAUUACAAUGACAUUUGGAAAAUUUACCGUACUUAUGUUAAUAAUUGGUUUUUUUAUCCAAUAUUGCCGGUGGUUAUUGUCACUGUAUUUGGUACACUUGCAUAUCGAAAUAUGCGCACUUUAACAAAUACCCGUCAACUACAAGGAGCUGAUCGUCAACUUACUUAUAUGAUUUUUGGACAAAUAAUAUUAAUUAUUAUUGCAGUUGUGCCUGGUGGUAUUUUCUUUAUAUACUCAUCGUCAGCACUUUCUCUAACCAAAACGGCGGAACAAUCAGAGAUUGAAUAUUUCAUCUUUAAUGUUCUCAAUACUCUGACUGCUCUCACAUAUGGAAGCGGUUUCUAUGUAUUUCUCAUUGUCUCAAAAACAUUUCGUCAACAAGUCAAACACUUUUUCUGUUGUUUUGGCAACAAUCCAAACGCUGUGAUGCCUGCAAAUGCGAACGUGACUCCUGGUAGAGCAAACAUUAAAUAA